AUGAUUCGACUGGCUGCCGCAGCAAUGGCUGAGAACCAACCGGAUGAAGACAACCAGCGCGGUGUCAUUAUAAAUACAGCUAGCAUUUUAGCUAGUGACGGGAUGGAAAAAUCUGCGGCGUAUUCGGCUAGCAAGGCUGCUAUAGUAGGCAUGACACUUCCAAUCGCACGCGAUUUGGCUGACCUGGGCAUCCGCGUGGUAACUAUAUCACCAGGCGUGUUCAACACCCCUAUGCUUGCCAGCGUAUCUCCUGACAUGAAUUCGUGCCCGUCCGCACGCAAUCCCCGACGCAAUGGCAAGCCGGAGGAGUUUGCACAUCUGGUUGAAGCCGUGAUUCAAAACCACAUGCUGAAUGGUGAGGUGAUUCGUUUGGAUGCAGCUGCACGCUAA